UGUUUCCGGUAAAGAUGGCGGCACCCAGUGGCGGGUGGAGGCCGCCGCUUUCUCUCUGGAGCCUGGGGAUUGUUUUGGUUCUGCUCGCCAGCCGCGGCGCUUCUGGGGCGGAAGGAGUGCAGGCUCGAGUAAAGCAGUUCUUCAGGAGCGGUCACACGAACAAUUGGGCCGUACUGGUGUGCACAUCUCGAUUCUGGUUCAACUAUCGCCAUGUCGCCAAUACACUGUCAAUUUAUAGAAGUGUCAAGAGACUAGGAAUCCCAGACAGUCACAUUGUGCUGAUGCUUGCUGAUGACAUGGCAUGUAACCCACGAAACCCCAAACCUGCCACUAUCUUCAGUCAUAAGAACAUGGAGCUGAAUGUCUAUGGAGACAAUGUUGAAGUGGACUACCGAGGCUACGAGGUUACUGUUGAAAACUUCUUACGGGUGCUCACAGGCCGACUGCCUCCCAGCACUCCCCGAUCCAAGCGCCUGCUUUCGGAUGACAGGAGUAAUGUUCUCAUCUACAUGACAGGACAUGGCGGCAAUGGUUUUCUGAAAUUCCAGGAUUCCGAGGAAAUCACAAACAUUGAACUUGGUGAUGCAUUCGAGCAGAUGUGGCAAAAACGAAGGUACCAUGAAUUGCUUUUUAUCAUCGACACUUGCCAGGGGGCCUCCAUGUAUGAAAAAUUUUACUCUCCAAACAUUCUGGCUCUGGCCAGCAGCCAGAUUGGGGAAGACUCGCUCUCACAUCAGCCAGAUCUCGCUAUUGGGGUCCACCUGAUGGACAGAUACACUUACUAUCUCUUGGAGUUUCUGGAAGAUAUUCAUCCAGCCAGCCAGAAUAACAUGAACGACUUGUUCAAAGUUUGCCCUCCAAGUCUGUGUGUUUCUACCCCAGGGCACAGGACUGAUCUCUUUCAGAGAGACCCCAAAAGUGUUCUCAUUACAGACUUCUUUGGCAGUGUGCGCAAGGUGGAAGUAACAAGUGAUAUCAUCCGACUCACCCCGAAUGACACUGAAACUGAACAAAGCCACUUAACGGAAAGCCAGACAGCUCCAGUGCUGAAAUAUGUGGAUCAACUUGCUGUGGCACAGAUAAUUCAUCAGAAGCCGAAGCAAAAAGACUGGCACCCGCCAGACGGCUUUAUCCUGGGCCUUUGGAUGCUGAUCCUGCUCGUUUUCUUCAAAAGCUACGGGCUGAAGCACCUCAAGCACGUAUUUUGAGAGACGUAACAGAACUGGCAAUGAGAGGGGCUGAUUUCCUUGCCCCAGCCCUUCAAGAAAAGAUCAAACACUGAAGCCUUUUGACAUGAUGCACUGCUGUAAAUUAUUCUUACUUGGUUUUCAUGGAGAUUUUUUGUAUCUAUUUUGGGGUGUGGUUUGAGGGUGGCCCGAUGGAAAAUGGGGUGGGUAUGAGGCUACCAUGUGUACCAGUUGGUUGUUGUGUAAACAUUUGACUGUAGGUUGGUGCAGAGUAAAGAUUCUCCUCGAAACAGAGAGGGUCCUACUCCAUUUGCAUCUAGUGCUAAGUCACACUGUGGUGUUGGAUUCAGAUUCCAUGACCUCCCACCACUGGUGCAAAAAAUGCGAUUGCACAGAGACUGCAUCUAUUCCAAUGAAGGUGACCAAAAAAUAAAUGCUUUGAACUGCAGGUUACAUAGGAAUAGGAGUAGGCCAUUCAGCCCCUUGAGUUCUUUCCUCCAUUCAGUGACAUCAUGGCUGAUCUGUGGGCUCGCUCCAUGUACCUGCCUUUGGUCCAUAUCCUUUGCUUGACAAAAGAUUAUCUAUCCCCGAUGUAAAAUUAACAACUGACCCUGUGCCCAUUGCCAUUUGUGGAAGAGAUUUCCACACAUCUACCACCUAUAAUUGCUUGAGAUAUUAAACUAUAUUCUGUAAUGCUUGAUAAAUGAUGUAGCAAUGUUACCCAUGAAGUUUAAUUCUUCUGUCUCGACCUCUGGCAGUAAGUUUUCAAAAAUAAACAAAAACAGGAAAAGGAAUCAAAUAA